GUUUUCCGAAACGAGGUAGAAGCGCGCGGGCGCGGUACGGAGUCAGCGUUCCUCGGCGAGCUACACUCGACGCUGGCGCCCCCUGCCGCGCCCGACCACGACUGGCAGCACACCCUCUCACUCAUACUCAAAGGCCUCGUCUUCACAACCAUCAUCAUCGGAGCUCUCUUCGGCAACGCCCUCGUCAUCAUAUCUGUCCACAGACACAGAAAACUUCGCGUCCUGACGAACUAUUACGUCGUCAGUCUAGCUGUAGCUGACAUGCUCGUCGCAUUAUGCGCGAUGACCUUCAACGCAAGCGCGGAACUGACUGACUCUUGGCUAUUUGGCCCUUUAGUCUGUGAUAUCUUCAACUCCCUCGAUGUUUACUUCUCCAGUGCGUCAAUACUUCACCUUUGCUGCAUAUCCGUUGAUAGGUACUACGCUAUUGUUAGACCGCUGGAGUACCCAGUCACUAUGACUCACAGAACUGUGUGUUUCAUGCUAGCUAAUGUAUGGUUAUGGCCAGCCUUCAUCAGUUUCGUGCCAAUAUUCAUGGGCUGGUACACCACAGAACAGCAUCGCCAGGAAAGGCUCCACCACCCUGAUGUUUGUAUGUUCAAAGUGAAUAUGGUUUACGCCAUUGUGUCAUCAAGCGUUUCCUUCUGGAUACCAAGUCUAGUUAUGAUAUCAAUGUACUGUCGGAUAUUUAGAGAAGCAAUUAGACAAAGGGAAGCGUUGACGAGAACUUCUUCAAACAUUCUUCUGAAUUCUGUCCAUAUGAAGCACACUUCGCAUUCAGCGCAUCAUUCACAUUACCUGCAUCCCGAGAGAAGGCCAUCUGAUAUCAGCCCGAACUACAGCACGUUUACAGAAGUAGGGCCAGAAGAGACUGAAUUUGGUGGGGAGGUUAUGAUGGCUAUUGGAGAUAUUUGUCCAAGUAAAGAGGCUAGUCCAAGGAAGUCGGUGAAUGUAAGCUGUGAUACUGCCAGUUCUGGUUAUUGUUCUGGAGGGUCUAACAAGAGAUCUUCGAGUGGACAGCCGCCUCCUGGAUGGAGGCCUAGUUGUUCUUCUGCCGUGGCGACAAGAGAUCUAGCAAAAGCUGCUACUGAACUCAACGCUCAAGGUGCGACUUUGCGGGCGGCAGGCAAGUCGUGGCGGGCGGAGCAUAAAGCCGCGCGCACACUUGGUAUCAUCGUUGGUGCAUUUCUGUUAUGUUGGCUUCCUUUUUUUCUGUGGUACGUCACAACCAAUGUGUGCGGCGAGCCGUGCGAAACACCAUCAGUCGUUGUCGGCGUUCUCUUCUGGAUCGGCUACUUCAACUCAGCACUCAAUCCCCUCAUUUACGCCUACUUCAAUCGCGAUUUUCGAGACGCGUUCAAAAACACGCUCAUGUGCGCUCUACCUUGCUGCUUCAGUUGCUGGAAAGAUACGGGAACGGCGCAGUUUGUGUAGUAAUUAGACGUGCGACUAAAAAGUCGCAAUCGUAAAAUCGCAUAAACAAUUUGUGUUAGUGUAGAAUAGAGCAUCGAAUACUGCUAUUUUGUACGUAGGCUUAUACUCGGACGCGUUGUAUAUAAGUUUUUUGUAUGUUGGAAUUAUAUGUGGUAUAUCGAUUGGAUAUGUAAUGACAAAAUUUCGCUUUAUUAAUAUUGUAUUGUAAUAUAUAUUAUGGAUAAUAUGUUAAAGUAAAUCUGUACGUGUUUGCGCUAUCUUUAGUUAAUUAAGGCUUUGUAUAACAAAUUGAUAUGUGAAUGUUUGUAUGUAUGUUUUAGUAUAGUGAUAGACACGGACUAUUUGCUAUGUGCAGUUGAUUGACGCAUAUAUUUAGUUGAUAUCUAUAUAAAUGAACAAUUGUUAACAGUAAGAGCGUUGUUAAAUAACAAAAAAUUAUAGGUUUAACGUUUUAGUUAAACUUUCGUCCUAUUUAUGUUGAACAGUUAACAUUAGCUAGUGGUUUUAUAUUAUCUGUUACCACAGAUAAUAUCGGCUAUAACAGCUUACCAGCUGUCAAACAUCUGUCAAAGUAAUUUGACAGAUUAAACUUCGAUCAACUACACAAAGUAUUUACAUGCUGUGGCAAAACACUUAAAAAGGUCAUUCUUUAGGUAAAGUGGUAGUUCUAAAUUUGGUAAAACUUACGCGAUUAAAAAUCGCAACUGUAAUGGUCUAGUCGUCAUUUUAAACGUAAGUCUAGUGUGUAAGGUAAUUUUCGAAAAAAAACGCUUCGCAAUAUUGCAAGUUCAUAGUACGGGUGCGAUAUUUAGAUAUUAUAAUUGUAGGUUGUAUAAAUAAUAGUAUUCACAUAGCAAUAAUUUAUUUAUAGUAGUUCAUAUUAUGGGGUCUCUAGACAUUUAUGUCUAAGGACCCGUUCAUGACUUUUUGGGGUCAAAAGACCCGAAGUUGUUUUUUUUUUUUUGUUUUGUAGAUAAGAUUUUCUGUAAUGUAGGUAAUAUAGAAAAAUAGUUGCUCAAAUUGUCCAUUUGAUGGCAAUAAGCAUUGAGAUAAGUAGUAUCUAAUAUAAAUUAGGAAUUUCAAUAAAAUAGUUGGUCUGUUGUUAUAACAAUAUUAUAUUGUAAAUAAAAUAUUAUCGUAGGCAUAUAGAAUUUCCUCUAUUUUCCUUGUUAAUCUGUUUUCAGUGCAA